AUCCUCGACCAUCCUAUCCCUAGUUCACCUUGAUUCCUGUCUUUAACCUCAAAUAUUAUCAUUCGAUCUUGAAAAUAUUCAUCCAUCUUUUUGAGUAUUGUUGAGUCAGGACUUCAGGAAAUCUGCGAAUUCAUCAACUUUCACAACACUAGUAACAGGUAGCGGUAGCUGUAACACCAUGGCACCCAAGACUGACUUACCCGAUUUCAAUGGAUUCAUUAACAAAGGACGUGAGCGUCGCAAGGAUGAGCUGCUAGCAAAUAAAUUCCUGGGCAAGAAUCGUCGAGCGAGUGCGCCAGGAGCGACAAACAACAAUCGCAAGCCAGCCACUGGUCCCUCACUUGCAAGCAGAAUGGGUGUUGGAAAGCGUGGUCCGGCUACACCCAAACCUGCACCAAGGCAGAAUUCCACACCUACUGUCGGAAAUCUUGAUGCGGAAUGGACUCAUGAUCUACACUCUCUUAACAAUCCAGGCAGUUCUAGAAUAUCUCAAAACCCUCCUCGUGGCCCUAAAAAUAUCAUUACGCGUGCGCGCAAUGAUCGACUUGCGAAAGCUUUCAACGGCUCUGCAUCAACACCGAACUUGAACGCUCAGUAUAAUAUCGUUGGCAAGUCAAAGGCGACUAAAAGCAUCUCUAUCAAGGGACUCGCAGGACCAUAUAUUGUAAUGGCAGAAAACUUCGCGCGAGGCACUUCUGCACAAGAUAUCGAGACCGCGAUGACACCAGUUGGUGGGCCUCCACUCAGCUGCCGCCUUAUCUCUGAUUACCCCAGAAUUAUCGCAGAGAUCAUUUUUGAUACUAAGGAUGGAGCUGACAACGUCAUUGAUACAUUCAACAACCAAGAGGCGGAUGGUAAUUUAUUGAACGUUUACAACAAGUCGGGAGCCCCUGCGCCAACGCUUCAACCUGCCAGCCAACGUUCUGCACCUCGAUUAAGCGUCCCAACAGGUCCAAGAGCUAGCCGUGUUGAACGCAGUUCAGUUUCAGAUAGCUAUGAUUCAAGAUAUGAUAGCUCGCGAAGUUCUCGGGAUGAUAUUAUCGAUGGCUCCUACGGAUUUGACGAUCGCAUGGAUACCGAUGACCGGGAUGGUGGUAGUCGUAACAACUCUAGAAGUCAAGGACUUUACAGCGACAAUCUUGUAGGAGGUCGUGCUGGCAACAGCAACAACCGUAAUGGCAACAACUGGAACGCCGGGCGAGGCAAUGAUAGAAGUCGCGGCUAUAGAUAAUUACGAGACAUGCGAAUUUAAUUCCACUUCUCUCGUUCAUGGCCUGUUGAAGACUACCGAAACGUUACGAAUACUUCAUUCUGAGAUUUUAUGAUGCAGGACACGGGUCUUGCAGGAUUGCAUAAUGAGCAGCGACCACAGAAGACAAGAUCCGGAACGGCAUUUUUAAAUGCCAUGGGAUCAAAGAUUUUCAUGUCUACAUGGAGUUAUGGGGAAGGGUACGAAAUCCGCGAUACCUUGGCAUACCUUGCGAUUAAUACCCCUAUGUAUAAUAACAAAUACAAAAACAAACCAUACAAUUUUUAUGAAUUUCAGCAGUUUC